UUUCCACAAAGAAUAUAAUUUAAUUGUUAACUUUCUACUUCCUCCCAUCUCUUCUUUCCCUUUUUCAAUACUCUAUUGAAGAAACUCCAGUCAAUGGAGUUCCCUUGUGGGAAAAACUCCAUUAAUGCAUCUCAAAGAACCCCAAAAAUAUUCAUACUUGUUGCUUUAACAUUCAUCAUUCUAGGUAUAAUCCCUCUUCACCACACUUCAAAGCGGUAUCAUGCCAAAGAUUUAGUAAACCAUCAGUCUAAAAAGUCACCAACAUAUCAUAUGGAAGAUAUGGAAAUAAAGUUUACAGAAGAUGAAACAUGUGAUAUUUUUACAGGAGAGUGGAUUCCAAAUCCAGAUGGUCCAUAUUACACGAACACGACAUGUUGGGCUAUCCAUGAACAUCAAAAUUGCAUGAAAUAUGGAAGGCCUGAUACUGACUUCUUGAAAUGGAGGUGGAAGCCCAAGGGAUGUGAGUUGCCUAUCUUCAAUCCAUAUCAAUUCUUGGAUAUGAUGAGGAACAAGUCAUUGGCAUUUGUUGGAGAUUCAGUGGGAAGAAACCAAAUGCAAUCCUUAAUAUGUCUCUUGUCUCAGGCAGUAUAUCCAAUUGAUGUCUCUACUACUCCAGAUGAAAACUUCAAAAGGUGGAAAUAUACGAGUUACAAUUUUACCCUAGCAACAUAUUGGUCACCAUUCUUGGUCAGAAUGAAAGAUAUAGACUCUGAUGGUCCAACUAAAACUGGACUCUUCAAUCUUUAUCUUGACGAAGUUGACGAGAAAUGGGCAAACCAAAUUGAAGAAUUUGAUUAUGUCAUCCUCAAUGCUGGCCACUGGUUUACUAGAUGCAGUGUAUACUACGAGAAAAACCAACUAGUUGGCUGCAGGUACUGUGGACUUCCAAAUGUUACUGACCUCCCAUCUAGUUAUGGCUACCAAAAGGCAAUUAGGACUGUUUUGAAAACCAUCAACAACUUGGCAAACUUCAAGGGCAUAACUUUUCUUAGGACUUUUGCACCUUCUCAUUUUGAAGGUGGGGAAUGGAAUAAUGGUGGGAAUUGUGUGAGGAGAAAACCAUUUUCAAGCAAUGAAACAACUUUGGAGGGUUUUCACUUGGAUUUAUACACUAUUCAAGUUGAAGAAUUUAAGGCAGCAGAGAAGGAAGGGAAGAAAAAGGGAAAGAGAUUUAGAUUGUUGGAUACAACACAAGCCAUGUUAUUAAGACCAGAUGGUCAUCCAAGUAGAUAUGGACAUUGGCCAAAUGAGAAUGUUGUGUUGUAUAAUGAUUGUGUUCAUUGGUGUUUGCCUGGUCCUAUUGAUUCUUGGAGUGAUUUCUUGCUUCAUAUGUUGAAGUUGGAGGGCAAGAGAUCUCAUGAGGAAAAGCUUCAAUAUAUGAAACAAUGGAGCUUAUAAGCAAAGGGUUCAAUAUUUAUUUUUGUACCAUUAAAUUCAUUGCACAUUUACAAUUAUGAUUUAGAAGUUAAUAUUUAUUGAAAUUUUAGUAAUUUUUCA